AUGGCUCCCGAACGUGUUUGCCUUGCCUACUCAGGUGGUCUUGACACUAGCACCAUCCUCCGAUGGUUGGUUCUUCAGGGUUAUGAGGUUGUGUGCUUCCUUGCCGACUGUGGUCAGGAGGAGGACUUCGAUGCCGUCAAGGAGAAGGCCAUCAAGCUCGGUGCUGAGCGAAUGAUCAUCGAGAAUGUCCAGCAGGAGCUCAUUGAUGAGCUGGUCUGGCCCGCUAUUCAGUGCAACGCCAUCUACGAGGACCGAUACCUCCUCGGAACCAGUCUUGCCCGCCCUGUGAUCGCCCGAUCCAUGGUCAAGGCUGCCAAGGAGCACAACUGCACGAUCCUCAGCCACGGAUGUCUCCUAUCUCUUCAGGUACCGGCAAGGGUUCAAGUUCGUUUCGAGCUCGCCUGGAAGGCCUGCGACCCUACCCUCAAGGUCGUCGCCCCUUGGCGCAACCCCGAGUUCUACAACCGAUUUGCCGGACGUGCCGAUCUGCUCAAGUUCGCCGACGAGCAGAAGAUCCCCGUCAGCUCUACCCCCAAGGCACCUUGGUCCAUGGAUGACAACAUCAUCCACUGCUCAUACGAGGCCGGUAUCCUUGAGCAAACUGAGCUCGAGCCCCCUAAGGACAUGUGGAAGCGCACAGUUGAUCCUAUGAACGCUCCUGAUGAGCCUACCCCUUUCACCGUUCACUUCGCUGAGGGUGUUCCCGUCAAGCUGGAGGUCGGCGACAAGACCAUCACUGGCUCCCUGGAGAUCUUCAAGGAGGCUAACGAGAUUGCCCGUGUCAACGGUAUUGGACGUGUCGAUAUUGUCGAGUCCCGAUUCAUCGGUCUGAAGAGCAGAGGCUGCUACGACACCCCCGGUCUUACCAUCCUUCGCCAGGCCCAUAUCGACCUUGAGGGUAUGGUCAUGGACUCCAAGGUGCGAACCAUUCGCGACCGUCUUUCCAAGGACUGGUCAGACUGCAUCUACAACGGCAUGUACUUCAGCCCUGAGCGUGAGCUCGUCGAGCACGCCAUCAAGUUCUCCCAGCGCCAAGUCGAGGGUAAGGUCAGCCUCGUCGCCUACAAGGGCUGCGCCUACGUCGUCGGACGUUCCAGUGAGACUUCCAACCUCUACUCGGCCGACGAGAGCAGCAUGGACACCCUCGACAUGAACUGGACUCCCCAGGACACCUCUGGCUUCAUCGCCAUCCAGGGUAUCCGUCUUGAGAAGUACGGACAGAGGAAGAUCCAGGACGGCGAGCCCCUUGCCCGCGUCUAA